CCCGUUCCUAACCAGUAGCGAUUCAACGCGCGAACCUUACUCACGCCUGCUAGUGAAGUGGUAGUGCAGUGAUAGUGUUGUGCAACUUGUAUCGGAUGCCAAAACAAUAAUUGGUACACGGAUUAUAUGAUUGAACGAAAAUGUUUACCAAGAGUACGUGUCACGCUAAAUUGUGUAAUUCUUCAAUAAAAGUGUGAGUUUGUGAGUGAUUUGUCGAAAUGGAUAUUGAUGAAAAAGUAUCGGGGCCCGGCGGGGCCUCGCAGAAAAACUGGACUCACCUAAAUACUAGUAACGAUGAACUCCCUCUGGAAAUGCGUUUUAAUCACGGACACAUGGUUUCUAUUACGGUGUACAGCAUACUUAUGAUGGUGUCCGCUUCUGGAAACUUGACUGUGCUAUCGCAGUUAGUCAGGAGAAAGAGAAUGGGUAGAGCUAGCAGACUCGACGUCCUGCUCAUGCAUUUGGCGGUUGCUGAUCUUAUGGUGACAUUCCUGAUGAUGCCGUUGGAGAUAGCGUGGGCUGGGACAGUGCAAUGGCUGGCAGGCGACCUCAUGUGCCGCCUCAUGAUGUUCACACGUACCUUCGGACUCUACCUUUCCAGUUUCGUUCUCAUUUGCAUCGCAAUUGACAGAUAUUAUGCGAUAUUAAAACCACUUAACGUGACAUGGGAGGCGAGAGUACGUCGAGCGCUGACUAUUGCGUGGGUCUGUGCAGGACUUGCAAGCUUGCCUCAGAGCUUCAUUUUCCAUUUGGAAGAACAUCCUGAUGUCAGAGGGUACUUCCAGUGCGUGUCAUACGGCUCGCUGCCAACAGAACGACAUGAGUUUGCGUAUUUUCUACUGAAUAUGACGCUUAUGUACAUCGCACCGCUAGUGUCUACUCUCUAUUGCUCGUCGGCAGCUUUGUUAGAAAUUAUUCGUCGAGCCAAUACCGCUAAUGAUAAAAUGCGUCGCAGCGGCGUCGGUAUUUUGGGGAGAGCGAGGGCAAGGACCCUUAAGAUGACAGUCACAAUUGUUCUUGUUUUCUUCACUUGCUGGUCGCCCUACUACUGCUAUUGUAUGUGGUAUUGGAUAGAUAAAGAUUCAGUGAAAAGUCUAGAUCCGGCAUUCCAGAAAGCGAUGUGGCUCUUCUCGUGCACAAAUUCUUGUGCGAAUCCUAUUGUAUACGGCGCCUUUAAUAGAAACCGGUGGACGUGGCGUUCGGGACACAAUGCACGUUGUCGAAACGGUUGGAGAGGAGGGCCCAGAUUCCAUCACGGAGAUUCUAUGGAAAUAUCCGCAGCGACUCUUGCCAGAGCGAGAUGUUCACUUCAAAGUGACAGACACAGCAGAAGGGAUUCUGCGUUCGGAAUUCAUAACGGGUCUCAGAAACACUUCAAUAAUAACAAUAACGUUACUGGCGUCGUGUAACGAAACAACGUUAAGAAUUGUUUUCAGAUUGAACAACAGUUACAUUUUCAAAUAUUUAAAAAUAACGUUAUAUCACAAAUAUUUAAAAAUAUUGUUAAGUCAAAGAUUUUAAUAGCUUAAUAUGUAUAAAGUUAAAAUGUAUUUGUUCUAUUUUUAUCGGGAAUUCAUAUUUUCUCUCUAAAUAAUGUUGUUUGUACAUGAUUGAAAGAGAGCUUUAAAACUUUAUACAUAUCUAUGAAAUAGAAUAUAAGGUCAUUCAUUCUUCAUGUUUAUAGUAAGUUACUUCGUUAUAUUUUUGUAUAUAGUUGUUAAUAUCUUGAAUUUGUGAUAAAAUGUGGAGUUGGAUGUAUGGUUAGUAUGUUAUCGAAAUUAUUUUAUAAAAGAUAGAUAUAGAUAGAUUUGUCUUUAUGUUGUAAAAACAUAUAAUUUAAGUGCGUUCUUCUAAUAUUAUAAUUACAUUCCUUUUAAGAUUCAAUGUUGUAAAGAAAUAUGAUAUGAUAUUAAAACAAACAUUCCAGAUUAAUUUAUAUUUAUUAUAUCAUUGAAAUAAUUACAGACUGAUUAUAUUCCAUUCCCCGAUGAAUGUCAUUUAUUUUUUAUUUAUAUUAUUAUUUUAUAAACGUCAAUACAAAUUUACUUUUUACAAAAGGAAUUAUUUUUAGCAAUUUUUUUUUCCUCGGUAUUUUACCGCGAUUUUAACGUUUUAAUUUUGUCCAGUUCCGUUGCAACGAGUAUAUUUCUGUUUCACAUGUUGAUUUAAAUAUAAAAAUAUUUUUUUGUAUGUCUAAAAGACUAAAUAAGUUUUAGACAUUAUUUGUUCGUAUUUGUAACACUUUCUGAGUGGAUGGGGAUAUAAUUGUCUAACGUUUUGGAUGAACAGGUGAGAGCACUUAAUUGUAGUUAUUUUUUUAGAAUAUUGUAGUUUAAUAUGUACGCUGGCUGUGAAGCGGUGGAGACUCAGUCCAAUAGGAGUUUUAUACCAGAUUAAGCCUUAAGUAGAAGUGCAAGAAAUUAUUUCAUUAAUAAAAUAUAAUAAAAUUA